CCCAAGGACUUCCACCAUCCCUUCCAGCCUUACGACAUCCAACAGCAAUUCAUGGAAGCGGUGUAUGACUGCAUCGAGCACAAGCAGGUCGGAAUUUUCGAGUCACCCACUGGAACUGGCAAGUCACUGAGUCUGAUAUGUGGCGCCCUUACCUGGUUGAGAGAACACAAGCGGAAGACUUUCGACGAGGCUCUAGCUACGGUAGAAGUGGAUGACGAUGAGCCAGACUGGAUGACGCAACACGCUCGUGAAGCACGAAGCCGAGAAAUCAGGCAGAUGAGAGGAGAUCUCGAGGCACGCUUGUCUGCAGUUCGCGAACGUGAGCGAAAGAUCAAGGAGCGCGCUGCGACGGAGGAGCGUCCUUUCAAAAGGCAGAAACCAGCGAAAACUGACAUCGAGGAUAUGGCGGAGGAGGAGCAAUUUGUACUCGAAGAAUAUGAAAGCGACGAUGAGAUCAAGUCUGCUGGCAAUGCUCAAUACUCAGCCGAGACGACUAAGCUUAUGGAGAAACUCGGGUUGCUACCGAAGUCUGGUGAGAGCCAAGCGAAGGAGGAGGAGCUAGAGGAGCUCAAAGUCUUCUUCUGCUCCAGAACUCAUUCGCAACUAUCACAAUUCAUUGGCGAGCUGAAACGGGUAUCAUUACCACCGGGUCUUCCUCCCGAAGACAACACUGGAGAGCAGUCAUCCAAACUUACAGAAGAACUCAAGCACUUGACCUUAGGUUCACGCAAGAAUCUUUGCAUCAAUCCUAAAGUCAAUAAGCUGGCCGGCCUGACUGCCAUCAACGAGCGAUGCAUUGAGCUUCAGCAGUCAAACAGGGCGGGCGAUAAGAAGUGCUCGUUCUUGCCUACCAAAGAUCAACAGGAUGUGGUACUUGACUUCCGAGAUCACGCCCUGUCCAGAAUCCGUGACAUUGAAGAUCUCGCAAAGCUUGGAUCCAAGCUGGAACUAUGUCCAUACUAUGCCUCACGCGCCGGAAUUGGCCCUGCUGAGAUGUCUGCACGUGAAGCCCUCGGAAUCUCGCUGAAAGGUCAUGUGGUUGUGAUUGAUGAAGCCCACAAUCUCAUGAACGCAGUGGAAGGGAUUCACUCCGCUCGCAUCACCGAGAAUCAGCUCAGACGCGCCAAAGAGGGCCUAAUCACCUACCUCCAAAAGUUCCGCAAUCGGCUGAAAGGAAGUAAUCGGACAUAUGUCACUCAGGUCGUCAGAGUUAUCGACUCUCUACUCAGCUUCGUGGCCAGUGUGAAGGAUCACAACAUGUCUGGCAAUGUAACCAGUCCGAGCGCUCUCCUCGCGGGCAAGGCUGUAGAUCAGAUCAAUUUGAGCAAGCUUUCCCGCUAUAUUGACGAGAGUAAGUUGGCACGGAAGGUUGAAGGCUAUAUCGCGUUCGUUGCCCAGUCUGACACCGCCAUCAAGAAAGAGCCCUCUACCAUUCAUCACGCAGCAGCCGAUGUGCCGACUCUCAUGCAUCUCCAGAGCUUCUUGCUCUGCCUCAUGAAUCCGUCAAAGGAAGGCAGAUUUCUGUGGUCCAAGGAAAGCGGCAACGUCGAGGUGCAGUACUUGCUUCUUAACGGAUCAGAACACUUUCGGGGAAUCGUCGAAGAUGCCAGAGCCGUCAUCCUAGCAGGAGGCACAAUGUCUCCAAUGGAAGAGUACAAGCAGGAAUUAUUCCCAUACCUGACGAACGAGAUCAAAACCUUCUCAUGCGGCCACCUCAUCCCGCCUGGCAAUCUCUUCGUCCGCGCCAUCUCCGCCGACAGCCAAGGACGACUAGACUUCAGCUUCAAAUCACGAAACGACACCACCGCCAUGCGUCUCGGCCAAGCUCUGAUCAAAAUCGCCUCCAAAGUGCAAGGCGGCAUGGUCGUUUUCUUCCCAAGUUACAGCUACCUCGAAACCGUCCUCCGAACCUGGACCUCCCAACCCCUCAUCCCACCCCUCUCAUCCCUCAAACCCCUCUUCUCCGACAGCCGCUCCGUCUCCGCAGAAGAAACUUUCCGCUCCUUCACCUCAGCAAUCCACACCAACCCUUCUCGCGGCGCUUUGCUUUUCUCUGUCAUCGGCGGCAAACUCUCCGAAGGCAUAAAUUUCUCCGACGAUCUCGGUCGCUGCGUUGUCGUCGUCGGCUUACCUUAUCCUAAUUUACAAGCUCCGGAUUUAAAAGCAAAAAUGGAAUACCUGGGUGCGAGAGGUGGAGAGUAUGCGGAAAAUUUAUGUAUGAGAAGUGUCAAUCAGGCGAUUGGGAGGGUCAUUCGUCACAAAGGUGAUUGGGCUUCAAUUCUGCUUUUUGAUGCGAGGUUUGAGGAUUUGCGGAUCAAAAAGAAAUUGCCCGGGUGGAUUAGGGAGUGUAUGGUAGCGGGGAGU